UAUUUCAGGAGCCAGUGACCUUUGAGGAUGUGGCUGUGAACUUCACCCUGGAGGAGUGGGCUCUGCUGGAUCCUUCCCAGAAGAAGCUCUUCAGAGAUGUGAUGCAGGAAACCUUGUGGAACCUGACCACUAUAGGAAAACAAUGGAAAAAUCAGGCCAUCGAUGAUCACUACAAUUCCAAGGGAAAUCUAAGAAGUCAAGUGUUAGAGAGACUCUGUGAACAGAAAGAAGAUAGUCAAUGUGGAAAAAUCAUAGAUUCUCACAUAAACAAGAGAAGUUCUUCUGGAGUAAAACCUAGUGAACACCAUGUGUGUGGAGAUGUCCUCAUUGCUGAUCCAUCCUUAGCUGUGCCCCUAACAGUUCACACUGGACACAAAGCACAAGAGUAUCUGGAACAUGGAAAGAAGCCAUAUAAAUAUAAGGAACAUGGGAAAGCCUUACAUGAUCCCCAAUGUUUUCAGAAGCAUAAAAGAACUCACACAGGAGAGAAACCCCAUGUGUGUAAGCACUGUGGAAAAGCCUUUAGUUCUACCAGCUACAUUAAAAUCCAUGAACGAAUUCACAGUGGAGAGAAACCUUAUGUGUGUAAGCACUGUGGAAAAGCCUUUAGUUCUACCAGCUACAUUAAAAUCCAUGAACGAAUUCACAGUGGAGAGAAACCUUAUAUAUGUAAGCAAUGUGGAAAAUCCUUUACUUUUAUUGGUUCUCUUCGUACGCACAAACAAAUUCACAGUGAAAAGAAACCUUAUGUUUGUAAGCAAUGUGGAAAAGGCUUUAGAACUUUCUUUUUCUUUAAAAUCCAUGAACGAAUUCAUAGUGGAGAGAAACCUUAUGUGUGUAAGCAAUGUGGAAAAAGCUUUGGUUCUUCUAGUGACAUGAAAAGACAUGAACAAAUUCACAGUGGCAAGAAACCCCAUGUGUGUAAGCACUGUGGAAAAGCCUUUAGUUCUUCAAGUUACAUUAAAAUCCAUGAACGAAUUCACAGUGGAGAAAAACCUUAUAUAUGUAAACAAUGUGGAAAAUCCUUUACUUUUCUCAGUUCUCUUCAAAUUCACGAACAAAUUCACAGUGGAAAGAAAUCCUAUGUAUGUAAGCAAUGUGGGAAAGGCUUUAGUACUUCCUUUUUCUUUAAAAUCCAUGAACGAAUUCACAGUGGAGAGAAACCCUAUGCAUGUAAGCAGUGUGGAAAAGCCUUUAUUUCUUCCAGGUACCUCAAAAGACAUGAACAAAUUCAUAGUGCAGUGAAGCCCUAUACAUGUAAACAAUGUGGGAAAGCUUUCAGUCGUUCAGAUUCACUCAGAAUACAUGAAAAAAAACAUACUGGAGAAAAGCUGUAUGUAUGUAAACAAUGUGGAAAAGGCUUUAGUACUUCCAGCCGCCUGAAAACACAUGAACAAAUUCACAAUGAAGAGAAACCCUAUACAUGUAAUGAAUGUGGGAAAGCUUUCAGUCAUUCUUAUUUAGUCAAAAGACAUGAAAUAAUGCACACUGGAGAGAAACCCUAGGUGUGUAAGCAAUAUGGAAAAGGCUUUAGUUCUUCUAGCCACAUGAAAACACAUGAACAAAUUCAUAGUGGACAGAAACCUUAUAAACGUAAACAAUGUGGGAAAGCCUUUCCUUUUCUCAGUUCCCUUAAUAUUCAUGAACAAAUUCACAGUGGAGAGAAACCGUAUGUAUGUAAGCAAUGUGGAAGAGGCUUUAAUACUUCUAGCCACAUGAAAACACAUGAACGAAUUCAUAGUGGAGAGAAACCUUAUAAAUGUAAACAGUGUGGGAAAUCCUUUCCUUUUCUCAGUUCCCUUCAAAUUCAUGAGCAAAUUCACAGUGGAAAGAAACCCUAUAUAUGUAGGCAAUGUGGAAAAGGCUUUAAUUCUUCCAGCCACAUGAAAAAACAUGAACGAAUUCACAGUGGUGAGAAACCUUAUGUGUGUAAGCAAUGUGGAAAAGGCUUUAGUUCUUCUAGUUACAUAAAGACCCAUGAACGAAUUCACAGUGGAGAGAAACCCUAUAUAUGUAAACAAUGUGGGAAAUCCUUUACUUUUGUCAGUGCCCUUCGAAUGCAUGAACAAAUUCAUAGUGGAAAGAAACCCUACAUAUGUAAGCAAUGUGGAAAAGGCUUUAGUUCUUCCUAUUACAUUAAAAUCCAUGAACAAAUUCACAGUGGGGAGAAACCAUAUACAUGUAAACAGUGUGGGAAAGUGUUUCAUUUCCCCAAAUCCCUUCAAAUGCAUGAAAUAACACACAAUGGGGAGAAACCCUAUGUAUGUAAGCAAUGUGGAAAAGGCUUUAGUUCUUCCAGCUCCUGUAGAAAGCAUGAACGAAUUCACAGUGAAGAGAAACCCUAUACAUGUAAACAAUGUGGGAAAACACUUCAUCUUCCCAGAUCCCUUCAAAUACAUGAAAUAAUGCACAAUGGAGAGAAACCUUAUGUAUGUAAGCAAUGUGGAAUAGGGCUUUAGUUCUUCCAGCUCCUGUAGAAAACAUGAACAAAUUCACAGUGGAGAGAAGCCCUACACAUGUGAACAAUGUGGGAAAGCUUUUCUUCAUUCCUGUUUACUCAGAAUACAUGAAAUAAGGCACACUGGAGAAAAACCCUAUGUAUGCAAGCAAUGUGGCAAAGCCUAUGGGGAGCCCAGCUCCCUCAGCAAACAUAAAAGAAUUCACAGUGGCAUGAAAACAUGCUUGUGAGCAGUGGGAAAGCCUUCAGAAAUUCCUGUACCCCCUAAAAUACAUGAAAGAAUGCACACUGGAGAGAAACUGUAAAGAAAGCCAUGAAGCCUUUACCCUAUCCAGUUACCUUCUCAAACAUCAAGGGACUCACACUUGAGAGAAACUCCAUGAGUGUAAGCCAUGUGAGAAAGCUUUUACUGUUUACAGUUCCCUUUGAUAAUAUGAAAAACUUCACAGUGAGGAGGAACCUUAAUGAUGUCAACAAUGUGGGAAAGCCUUUAUUCUCUGAUUCUUUCAAGUACGUGAAAGAACACACUGGGAAGUAACCCAGAAUACAGAAAAAAUGGGAAGUCUCUUUUUAAAAAAAUUUUUUUUUAGUUGUAGAUAGACCUUUAUUUUAUUUAUUUAUAUGCAAUGCGGAAAAUAGAAACCACAUACCAGGCAAAUGCAUUACCGCUGAGCCCCAACCCCAGCCCAGGAAGUCUUUAUUAUCAUGUGAACUUGUUAGCAGACACGAGUAUGCAGUUGCAAUAUCUUGUAUUAUUGCAAAGGAUCUGGGGAACUCGUCAAAUUGGUUCAGUGUACCUACAUAAAUGAACACAGUAUGCAGUGGAAUCUACAAUAGAAGAGAUUUGCAAUGAUCUCCAUUUGGUUCACAUGUAAGAAAUCACAAUAAAUAAAAACCCUGUGAUUGUGAAAAAUUCUUAGAAGGGAGUUGGUCAGUUGUAACAUAGUUUCAGAGGCCUAUGAAAAUUCCUCCUGUAGCAGAAUCCUAAAAUGUAAUGAGUAUGAAGAGCUUGAUGCAAAAUAAUUUCUUUAGAAGUCUCCAGAAAAUGUACUACCUGGAGGUUUCCCACAAGUUUUAUAUUGUGUUCACUAGUAAUUUAUUCUUCAAGUAGAUCUCUGCACUGUGUGUGUGUGCGC